GUGUGGCAGGAAGGCCUUGUUUUGCAAUCAAAAUUUAUUCUGUAAAUUCACCGCAAUUUCUAGACGCCAGACGAGUUCAGUGUGUGUCACAAAGUCGAACGGACGACAUCUCAAAGUCUGUAGUCUGAAAGUAAAUCGUAGUUCUGCAUAGUAAAUCCUGAGGAAUGGCUCAACUCCUGAGGCAGAUUGUCCGCUCAACAGUUCUCCCGGGCCGGAGGUUUAGUACCCAAGCUCCAGAGGCGUUGGGGCCCAGUUUCCGGUUGUCUGAUGUCCAGUAUGAGUUCCAGCAGACGGCCCGGAAGUUCGCUCGUGAAGAAAUCAUCCCAGUGGCCCCACAUCAUGAUCGCACCGGCGAGUAUCCGUGGGACAUUAUAAAAAAGGCCCACGGAUUGGGUCUGGUGAACCUUCAUAUACCUCAGGACAUCGGCGGAAUGGGACUCAAUGUCCUGACAACGUGCAUUGUAAACGAGGAGCUGGCUUAUGGCUGUACAGGUAUCUUCACAGCCAUGGAAGCCAGCACCCUUGCUCAGACACCAGUGCUGAUUGCCGGCAAUGCUGAGCAGAAGAAGAAGUAUCUGGGCAGAUUGCUGGAUGAGCCUCUGGUGGCGGCAUAUGCGGUCACCGAACCAGGAGCAGGAAGUGAUGUGAAUGGAGUGAAAACAAGGGCAGAGCGUAAGGGAGAUGAGUACAUCCUCAAUGGCCAGAAGAUGUGGAUUACCAACGGCGGCGUGGCGAAUUGGUACUUUGUUCUGGCCCGCACAAAUUCCGAUCCCAAGGCUCCAGCCAGUAAAGCCUUCACUGGAUUCAUCGUUGAGCGCGAUUUCCCGGGAGUCACGCCUGGAAGAAAGGAAAUCAACAUGGGCCAGAGAGCGUCAGACACGCGAGGAAUCACCUUCGAGGACGUGAGAGUGCCCAAAGAGAACGUGCUGAUAGGCGAGGGAGCGGGAUUCAAAGUAGCUAUGGGUACUUUUGAUAAAACCCGCCCUCCAGUGGCGUCCGGAGCGGUUGGCCUGGCCCAGCGCUGUCUGGAUGAGGCCACGAAGUACGCCAUGGAGCGGAAGACGUUCGGCGUGCCGAUUGCCCAUCAUCAAGCGGUGUCCUUUAUGCUCGCCGAUAUGGCCAUUGGCGUGGAGACCGGCCGGAUGGCGUACUGGCGAUCAGCCUGGGAAGUGGAUCAAGGACGCCGGAAUACUUACUAUGCCUCCAUUGCGAAAUGCCAUGCCGCCGACAUGGCAAAUAAGAUCGCGUCAGAUGCCGUGCAAAUUUUCGGCGGGAAUGGCUUCAAUUCUGAGUAUCCAGUGGAGAAAUUGAUGAGGGAUGCCAAAAUCUAUCAAAUCUACGAGGGCACGAGUCAGGUGCAGAGACUGAUCAUUUCCCGUGAAAUGCUAACAAAUCAAGGCAAUAAGUGAGAAAAUGCGAUCAUAUUGGCGGGGAUUUCAGCAAAAUUCGUUCAAUUCGCUCCUGAAGGCGCCCUUUACUGCGGACUCGGGAAUAAUUGCCAAAACUGUGUUUUGGGAAUAAAUAAGCUAUUUUUCACUAUA